AUGAUGUUAGUGUUGACGAGGAGUUACGCGGCAAAAGAAUGGGAUGAUGAACGUAAUAUUCGUGGAAUAAUCUUUGCGUUCUUGCCGCUACUCCUUCUAGGAAAUGUACUUGCUCAUAGGUGGUAUGCGCUGCGUCUCCUUGAAUCUGACCCCAAAUACAAACCAGAGAUAGUAGUGCGCCCAGCAACACCAGAAUGGCAUAUUGAUUUCUAA